AUGGCACCGCAGGCAUCGAGCUCGUACAUCUCCGCGGCGUUCAACCGCUGCAAUCACAUUGCCGACUGGGCCAACGCGCCGCACAGCAUCAUCGCCUAUGCUGCCAACAAGUCGAUCGCCAUCUGGGAUCAACCUGGUCACGCUUCUUCGGCUGGAGUGACUCAGCUGCUAGCCACCGGCUUCUCCAAAGCGAUCACCUCACUCAAGCUCGCAAAUCUGACUGUCGUAUCCGACAAGCCAUGCAUCGUCGCUGGAUCAGCCGACGGAUCGAUAGGCGUGUGGGCUUUGCAAGAGAACACGCAAUGGACACAGGUGCAAUGCAUCAAAGCAGCGCACAACGGCUCCGUAUCUGCUCUCGGCGUCAUUCGAUCUGCGCAGUCAGCAUCCGAGCUACCCUCAAUCAUCGUCUCGGGUGCUUCCGAUGGCGUACUCAAAGUAUGGACGCUGUCAAAUGACCUUUCGCAACCACCGACAUUGGCGCAGUCGAUCGAUCUCAAAGGUCGAUUCCCACUCGACCUUUCUCUCUUGCCGCUGCCCAACACCACUUCGACCCAGCUGCUUAUGGCACUCGCGACCACCACAAACAAGAUCGACAUCUUCGCUUCCAGUCCAUCAUCAGCAGCGCAGGCUGGUGCACACAGGCUCAAGUUCCAGCACAAGCUCUCUCUAGAAGGACACGAGGACUGGGUCAAAUCGCUCGACCUCUGCAAUACCUUCGUUGAGACCGACGACGUUCAUCGCAACCAAAGUAUCCUACUUGCUAGUGGAUCUCAAGACGCGAGUGUCAGGCUAUGGAAGAUCUCUCCCGCCGAUAAAGAUGCAAGCCCUUCAUCUCAGCAAUCCCCAUCCUCUUCCAAAACCGACGACGACUUCGAGCAGAUGGUCUCCAAGAUCGAGUCGGAUCGCAGCUCCAAAGCAGGCGAGAUUUCGACUCGCGCACAUCCGUUCUGUGUCGAACGAGCGGAUGGCUCCCAGCAAUCCUGGUCCAUCACCUUUGACGCAAUGCUUGUCGGGCACGACAAUUGGGUCACCGGCGUGCGAUGGCAUCCCGCUGUUUCCGCUGGAGGUGAAAACCUCGAACAGCCGGCUGCACUUCUCUCGUCCUCCGCCGACAACAGUCUCAUCUUGUGGACACCUUCUGGACAGCUGUCGGAAGCAGCCUCGCAUUCUCCCUUCCCUGCUUUUGACGCCGCCCUUCUCUCUACAGGAGGCGCGCGGCGCGCCAAAGGUCCUACAUUGCACCAUCUUGCUUCGUCCAUCUGGAUGCCUUCGCAGCGCUUCGGUGAGGUAGGAGGCGCGAGCAAUCUUGGCUUCUUUGGCGCUCUCUGGCUACCUUCUCGAUCUCCAGAGGCCCCGAUAGAUGCGGAAGCUCCCGUCUCUGCUGUCGUCGCGCACGGCUGGGGAGGCUCAGCCCACAUUUGGACGCUGUCUCAGCAAGCAGCAAACUCAUCCAAUCCUCAGUGGCAAGUCACAGAUCCUGUCACCGGUCACUUUGCUGCCGCCAAAUCCGUUGCAUGGGAACCUUGCGGAGAGUACCUUCUCAGCUGUUCCGACGACCAAACCACUCGCCUUCACGCCAAGCCUUUCUCGAGAAAUGGACAGCAACUCGAUGCAAGCAGAGCCACCUGGCACGAGGUGGCCCGUCCUCAAUCACAUGGCUACGAUCUGCAUUCCGUCUCGUGGCUCGAUCGACUCAACUUUGUUUCAGCCGCCGACGAGAAGGUCCUGCGCGUCUUUGCUGCUCCUCGUGGAUUCGUUGGCACCGCGGGCAAGAAUGGUCUCCAUUGCGCGACGCUCGGCUCCGAAAGCGAAUCGCGAGCAGCAUCGCGUCCUGCCGCUGGGAACAAAAGCUUGCUCCAUCUUUCGGUGGAGCCUCACUCCGGUCUCCUCAAGUCGGCUGAGAAGCACGGCUACCUGUUCAAGCAGACCGUCGAGCAAUGCUGCAAAGAGCAGAGCGACUCUGUCACUGCCAUCGUGUCGUCACCACUCUUCCAGCGACCCUUUGAUGGACUCAGCUUCAAGCAGAUCGAGCUUUACCUCAAGUGGCUCUAUGCGCAGGCCUGGAGUGUCGCUGUGCAACGCGGUCUGAUGCUCGCCGAUAUCAACGUCCUGCUCGUCCCGGAUACGUCGCUCGAGAAAGUCGCCCUUCGACUACACGCUCCGGAAGCCGACGUGCUGGUAGACGCCAGCAUCGAUCAGAAGUCAACAUCGAUAUGGCAAGAGCUAGGCGUCACAGUGCGCAAGAUCGAUUCGGGCCACCAGCAGUCAGACGCCGCUGGAGCUGUUGGUCAAGACGAUGGCAAAGGCUUGAAGUGCUAUCCCGUCGUAGCGCUGGGUGGCACCUUCGACCAUCUGCACGUGGGACACAAGAUCCUGCUCACCAUGGCAUCCAUCAUCGCCGACACUCGAAUCAUUGUCGGCGUAACGGACGAUGCGAUGCUCACCAAGAAGUCGAACGCGCACCUGCUCGAGCCCAUCGACGAACGCAUCGCCUGCGUGAACGCUUUUAUUAGCUUCAUCCGCCUACCCUUCACCCCGAUCGACCAACAGGUGGUCAAGCUGGAAGAUGUGGCUGGCCCGGCUGCCACGGAAGCCGAUCUGCAAGCUCUCGUCGUCACGGACGAGACGCUCUCUGGCGCCGAGUUCAUCGACAACAAGAGAAAGGAGAACGGGCUGUCGUCGCUGGAGGACUGGGUCAUCGGCGUGGUUGGUAGCGAAGGUCAGACCGAUCUGAAGGGCGAUGCCAAGGCGUUGGCGGAGAGCAAGGUGGGUAGCACCGCCAUCCGCAAGUGGCUGGUCCAGCAAGGUCCACGUCGCGUCCAGGCACUCGAGACGGCAAAGAGGCAUCGCGUCUCUCAUCAGCUCCGUCUGACAACCAGCGACCAAGAAGCUGAGGCAGAAGAGAGCAACGUCUCCUCGCGUCCAGUAGGUGCUAGCGUUCCGCCUCUCGGCCUGUCGAACCGUGCCGUGUUCGAAGGCUCGUCGAUCCAGGAAGCGCCCUCUGCGAGUGGACAGCCUAUCGGCUCGGCCAAAGAAUCUCUCUCCGCGGUCCUGCGCCAGCCACCCUCGGAAGAGCAGCUCUCGGUAGAGACGCUCUGGCCUGAGCUCGAAAAGCUCUACGGCCACGGCUACGAACUUCUCUGGGUGAGCGCCAAUCCACCCAACCCUGUCGACGGAGGACGAACCACCACCGGUGGCCGAUUCGUCGCCUCGUGCUGCAAGGCGACGAGCGAAGACCACGCCGUCGUGCGCAUCCACGAUCGAGCUCAAAACUGGCGAGAAUGCGCCGUGCUCGAAGGUCACUCCCUCAGCAUCACGCGGAUUCAAUGGAGUCUCGACUCGCGCUACCUCCUCACCUGCUCCCGAGAUCGAAGUUGGAGGAUGUACGAGCAGGUGGCAGGGGAGCGCUUCGUGCCGUUCACGGGCGAGCGUUCACACGCACGAAUCAUCUGGGACUGCGCUUGGUCCACCGACCCCGCUCGUCCGUACGUAUUCGCCACAGCGUCGAGAGACAAGACGGUUAAGAUCUUUGAACUUUGGCCCAAAGGUCAGGAGGGAGAGAGACCGUUUGCACUGCUACAGACCAUCAAGUUUAACGAGGCCGUGACGGCGAUCGCUUUUGGGGUGGAUGCGGUGCUUGCGGUGGGUAAGGAGGAUGGUGAGGUGGAAAUUCUUCAGCGCAAAGCAGGCGAGGGAGAAGAAUGGUCGACGACGCUCAAGGUGCCCAAUUUGGCAGAGGAGCAGAUCAACCAGCUCGCGUGGCGUCCGCCCGUGCUGGAAGAUGGGGAUGAUGCCAUACUGGCUUCUGCUUCAGAGGAUGGUGCUGUUCGUCUGACGAGAAUCACUGGGCUUUGA